AUGGCCGACAUUAUGGAAGAAGACCCAUCGUCUGGGCUUCCAUCUUCGGAGGAAGAGGAGAUGCCCGUGGAGUCAUUGGUCAGAGGGCGCGCGAAACGAAGUACCGCAGGACUGCACAUGUCUGCCCUCCUUGAAGCCGCUGCCGAUGAUGACCUGGCGCUUCUCUUUGAGGAAGUUGAAGACGAUAAUGAGUUUGCGGAUGUGGUAGACCCCGACGCAGAGGAUGAGUUGCUUGAAUCGUCGGACGAGGAUGAAGACCAAGGACCGAACGCGCAGAACGACUACGAGGGCGAACAGAAACUACAAAAAGACGAGCGCAAGAGGCGCAGAGCCCAGAAUGACCUCCGGUUCCAGACCUUGCGCAAACGAGUCAAGAUUGACCCGACCGCCCCGUCCACCAUGUCCGCCGCUCCUCGUCCGAAGAAAAAGUCAGAGCGCAUCUCGUGGAUUCCUACUGUGGAGGAUGGGCCUACUCGACAAUCAUCGCGUCGACAGACCAUGGUCAACAAGGAGCUUACGCAUGCUCGUCUCAAGGACAGCCAGGAGAAACGAGUUCGCAUCAUCGCUACAAUGAAGGAGGCAGAGAAGCGGAAGGCCCAUUUGAAGCCGAAAGAGAUGACCCAGGAAGAUCAUCUUGCGGAGGCUGCGAGAGUGGAACGGCUUAAUAGCAAAAGUUUGAACCGCUGGGAGCUGUCGGAAAAAAGAAAAGCGGACGAAAGACGAGCGAGGAUCGAAGCACUACAAAAUCGCCGUCUUGAUGGUCCAGUGAUUUCCUACUGGAGUGGUGUGGCUACAUGGACGAACGGGCGUCUCACACGGGUGGGCAAAAUCGAGAUCAAACCGAAGACAGAUAAAGAAGAAUCGAGGAAGAAAAAGAAAGAGAAGGAAGAUAAAGAGAAGGCUGCGGCAGAGUCAAAGGCCUUGGGGUCUGCAACCAUCGUUGGACCCGUCCCUGCCUCUACCACAGGCACAUCACAACCACCACCAGACUUGCAUACAGUUGCUGGUCCGGCAAAUCCCGCUCUACCUCCUCCCACCUCCACAUUAGACCAAAAGACGCCUGAAAACAAGCCACCCGAAAAUGCUACAGCCCCGAUUGCAGAAAGUACAGACACCCCCGUAGUGUCUUCUGGGGCGAACGCCAGCCAACCAGAUGCAAACUCUGCAGAGACGAAGACAAUCACCACACCUCCUGCCGAGCGGGGCAAGGACAAUGCUGUGGAAGGGAAAGCUCCAGAGGUUGACGCAAAUACACCAGUACCACCCUCUGAGCAAGAUCAAUCAGUCGCCGCCGAGAGGCAGUCGUCCGAGUCGUCCAAACAUUCGGAGAGAAAGAGACUUGCUGUGGAAAUUCCAGCGUCUCGUCAUACAUUAGAUUCUGCGGGAAAUGGUUCUAUUCAAAAAUUACCUGAUCCAUCCCCCACUAAGAACGAUGCUAUGGAUAUUGAUCAACCAGCGGCUGCAGCGGCUGCAGAUUCUACCAAGAUUAACCAAGAAGUUCCAGAAUCAACGGACCAGGCAAGCUUGGCCACUCCGCACGUUGCUCGUGCCCAGCCGAAUUUGGUAGAGACCCCGAUAUCACAUGCUGCCGGGAUGACUGUACGAGAACAACCGCCACUGGACCAGUCUCGGCCAGUUGAAUCGGCCACACCUAUCAGCCCUGGUAUUGCACUGGCCUCUCAAGCCUCGCCGGCCACUGCAGCACCUAGUCAAGCCACAGUGCCUGAAAAUGCCCCAGUUCAGAGCCUAAACCGACCAUCCACAUUACAGUCCGAAUCACAAUUAUCAAAUGGAAUGGUGAAGGAAUCAGCACAACCAGAAAUUCCAGAACCCCCUCCGGUGAUUGAGCAUACAGGGCGCAGUCUUACGAUCUUGGAAAAUUUUGAUUAUGCGACCGCCAACCAUCGCAAAUACAGCAUGUACUUCAACGCCAAAAAGCCUACUCGUUUGACAAAAAUCUCGUCAUCGCUUUGUGUCAUCACCUCAUUGCCUUCGCGUUACCGCGAUCCAGACACCGCUCUUCCCUACGCCAAUUCAUACGCAUAUGGGCAAAUCCGCCGUCUGCUGUCGGAAGGGUAUAUCUGGAGCUCGAUGCUUGGAUGCUUUGUCGGGCCGGCCGAGGCUGCCCGUGGAGUGCCCGAGCGAUUUACCGGCAAGCCAGGUCCAGGCACAGUAAAACUGCAGACCGAUAAGGAUGAGGGCCAGGCCGAGUCGAUUACAGGGAAGAGGAUGGACAAAAUGGCUCUCAACGGCAAGGUUCCUUCGACACCUACCCCGGCCGCGUCUCGAGCAGCGCCUCCAGGGGAGCCAAUGGAGAUUGAUAAAGCAUGA